AUGGCUCCCGGACUUGUAGAAGCAAGCCGCGUUUCCACCGACUUGCCGCCACGCAAGAAAUUCAAGCUCUCAUCGGUGGCGGAUGUCCAGGCCGACGACAUUCUCGACGCGGAGACUGCAGCGGCUACUGUCCCUCCCCAUCCGCUGGGAAUCAGACCAGCAGGCAAUGCGUACACAGCCACCGAAAACAUCAAGGCCAACUGCGGUUCAUUCGCACGGCUUCCAGACGAGCUGUUGAAUCACAUCUUUGAGUCAUUCGACGCCGAAACGCUGAGACGCCUGGGAGGCACCUGUAGAGCGUUGUACGCCUUCACUCGGCUCGAUGAGCUGUGGAGGGCCUUGUUUGUCAGUGCACCGCCCGAGGACUUCGUGUGGCGCGGGACCUGGCGCGCAACCUAUCUAGGCAUCCCUCAAGAACAUGUUGCCUCCAUCCCCUGCCGGAACCUCUUCUCAGACGUGCUCUACCGGCCUUUCCAAUGCGCACACAUCUCCCUGGCUCCUUUCACCUCCAAUAUCCCCGUGCACAAUGAGAUCGACCGACUCCCCAACCUCACCUACGAGGAGUACGCCUCCAAAUGGACCAACAAACCCUUCAUCCUGACCGAGCCCGUAAAACAGUGGCCCGUCUACGGAAAAUGGACACCAGAGUAUCUCCAUCGUGAGUACCCAGACGUAAAGUUCCGCGCCGAGGCCGUCGACUGGCCCAUGGUGAAGUACAUGUCCUACAUGUCUGCCAAUGCCGACGAAAGCCCCCUGUACCUCUUCGACCGCGCCUUCGUCGAGAAGACCGGCAUAGCAGUCGGUCGAGACGCCCCCAGCGCAGCCUACUGGCCUCCCGACUGCUUCGGAGAGGACCUCUUCGAAGUCCUGGGCGACCAACGGCCAGACUGCCGCUGGAUGAUCAUGGGCCCGAAGCGCAGCGGGAGUACCUUCCACAAAGAUCCCAAUGCGACGAAUGCAUGGAACGCCGUGUUGACGGGCGCAAAGUAUUGGCUUAUGUUCCCGUCGAGCAGCAACCUGCCGCCGCCGCCGGGUGUCAUACUGUCGGAUGAUCACUCUGAGAUCACGUCCCCGCUGUCUAUCGCGGAGUACCUCCUCACGUUCCACGCGCUCGCCCGCGAGACGCCCGGCUGCAGGGAGGGCAUCUGCCACGCUGGCGAGGUUUUACACGUGCCUUCUGGCUGGUUCCACCUUGUGCUCAAUCUUGAAGAUGGCCUUGCGUUGACGCAGAACUUCGUGCCGAAAAAAAAGUUGGCUGAUGUGCUUGGCUUCUUGAGAGACCAACGGGACCAGGUAAGUGGCUUCAGGGAGGAGGUCUGUGAUCAGGCGUAUGAGCUAUUUGUCGAGCGGCUGCGGGAAAAGCAUCCGGAGGUGCUGGAGGAGGGACUCGCGGAGCUGGAGAAGAGGAAUAAAGGAGGGAGGGGCAAAUGGGAGGAGCUGACCAAGGGUGAUGAUGAGGGAGAGAGUGGUGGAUUCAGCUUUGGGUUCGGCGGGGACGAUGAUGAAGACGCAGAGAUCCCGUAG